AUGGCGCGUGGCGACGAAUACGACGACGAGGUAGAGGAGGAGGACGAGGAAUACGACGAGGAGGAGGAGGAAGAGGAGGAUUACGAGGAGGAACGCGGGAAGAAGCGAGGGCGCGGAUCGCAGUUCAUCGACGACGCGGCGGAGGAGGAUGAGGACGAGGACGAGGAGGACGAAGCGCCGCGGAAGAAAAAGGGCUCGACGACCGGCCGGUCGAUGUUCAUCGAAGAGGAAGCUGCGGUGGCGAGUGAUGACGAGGAGGAGGAGGAGGAAGAGGAGGACGGCUUUAUUGACCGGGACGCCGAUCUGGGCGAGGAGUUGGGCAACGAGCGGCCGUCCGCGCACCACCGCACGCUGCUGCGGCGCAACGAGGAGGAGGAGGAGGUGAACGAGGAGGACUACCAGCGGUUCCUGGAGGAGCGGUAUGCGCGCAACGAGGUGCCCGAGCUGGGCGAGGGGGAGGCCACGGAGGUCGAGCAGCAGGCGCUGCUGCCGUCCGUGCGCGACCCCAAGCUCUGGAUGGUCAAGUGCGAGCUGGGUCACGAGCGAGAAGCAGUGGUAUCGCUGAUGCAGAAGUGUGUGAACUUGGAGGCACUGGGGCAGUCGCUGCAGAUCAAGUCCGCCAUAGCUUUAGACAACCUCAAGGGGUGCGUGUACGUGGAGGCGUACAAGGAGGCCUACGUCAAGGAGGCCUGCGCGGGGCUGCGCCUGCUGAGAGCGUGGAAGCCAGCGCUGGUGCCGAUAAAGGAGAUGGCGGGCGUGCUGACGGUGGAGCAGAAGUCGGUUGAUCUGGAGGAGAACAGCUGGGUGCGCGUCAAGAUCGGGCUCUACAAGGGCGACCUGGCGCUGGUGACUGACGUGGACACAGUGAAGCAGAGGGCCACCAUCAAGCUCAUCCCUCGAAUCGACCUGCAAGCUCUUGCGCAGCGCCAGGACGGCAAGCCUGUGGUCAAGCGCAAGGCCCGCCCCGCGCCACGGUUCUUCAGUGUAGACGAGGCCAAGAACUACGGCCUGCGUCCCAUGGUCACUCGCCAUCGCACCACGGGAGAGCACAUCCAAUCCAUCGAAGGCAUGCAAUUCGUCGAUGGUUACCUGCUCAAAGUGGUCUCCAUCAAAUCCCUCGACACCCGUGGGGUCGUCCCGACUCUAGACGAGCUACAGCGCUUUCAGCGCGCUGCAGGGGACGGGGAGCGGGGGGAGUAUGGCGGAGGGGGGUUGGGGAGCGGCGUGGGGCCUAUGGGGAUCUCUGCGGAGCAGGCGAAUCGGCAGAGGGGGCGGCUGGUGAAGGGGGAUGUGGUUGAAGUGGUGGAGGGCGAUUUGAAGGGGUUGAAAGGGCGCGUGGAGAAGGUGGAUGAGGACGAGGUUAUCAUUCGGCCGCACCAUGACGAGCUCAAGGACCUGCUGCCAGUGAAGGAGUCGCAGCUGCGAAAGUUCUUCCAGACAGGCGACCACGUGAAGGUGGUGGCGGGGCAGAACGAUGGGGUGACGGGCAUGAUUGUGAAGGUGGAUGGGCACAUUGCGAUCGUGCUGUCAGACACGUCGAGAGAGCACGUGCGGGUGUUCACUCGCGACCUCAUGUCAAGCUCAGAGGUGACAGCUGGUCCUUCUCAGAUUGGCGACUACGAGCUACAUGACCUGGUGCUGCUCGACCAAACAACGGCAGGCGUGAUCGUCAAAGUGGAGAAGACAGGCUGCGUGGUCCUGAAGGCAACCCCUGAGCGCAGCGAGGCAGUGGCGGUGAAACUCAGAGAAAUCCGGCGCAAGAUGAACAACAAGAACGUGUCGGCACACGAUGCAGAGGGCCUGCCUGUGGUGGCCAAGGACCCAGUCCGCGUGGUGGAGGGCACUUACCGCGACCGGCGGGGGACCGUCGAGCACAUUCACCGCGGCGUGCUCUUUGUGUUCGACCGCCACUACGUGGAGAAUGGAGGGUUCUUCUGCGUGCGGGCGCGGUCGGUGCGGUGUUUGACUGCCAAGGCUGCCGCUGCCUCUGGGCGCAAUUCGUCUGGUGGUGGUGGAGGGGGAGGGGCCAUGGCACCAUUCGACCGGCGGUUCGGAGGAGUGAUGCAGUCGCCGUCGCGCUUCCUUCAGUCACCCAGGAACUUCCCCGGCAGCCCCAGCAGACAAGGCGGCAGAGGCCCUCCGCCAGGCGCGUAUGGGGGAGGGCGGAUGGGGAACAGGCGGGAGAGUGGCAUGGUGGGGCGCAUUGUAAAGAUACGAGCGGGGCCUUAUAAGGGGUACAGAGGCCGGGUGCUCGAUGCCACUGACACCACAGCAAGAAUCGAGCUCGAGUCGCAGAUGAAAGUCGUUACAGUGCGGAGGGAUCAACUACCCGAUGGAGCACCAGCAGCCGGGCAGCAGCAGCAAUCACCCGCACCGUACAGGGAAUCGCCGCGCUUCAGAGGGUCCCUGGGCAGCGAAACGCCCGUCCAUCCCUCGCGCACGCCCAUGCACCCAGGCUUUGGCGGCCGGGGCUUCGAUCCCUCUGCCACACCAGUGCAUGAGGGCAUGCGCACGCCCAUGCGAGACAGAGCGUGGAACCCCCAUGUGCCCACUACUCCUCUCAGGCCUGACUCAUUUGACGAGGCGAAUCCGUCAACGUGGGGUUCAUCGGGCAGCGAUGCUCCCUUCCUGCCCUACACACCUGCCUUCUCGCCUGCCGACAUUGCCCCAUCGCCGCCUCUCCCUGUGCAUGAUCCGGGUACGCCAGGCGAUCUGCGCUCUGCGUUUGACAUUCCCACGCCUGGCAGCCAAGCAGGCCCCAACUACAACCCCUCCACGCCUUAUGGCGAGGCACCGAGCCCAUAUGCGGCGCAGACGCCCACGGGCCAGCCGCUCACGCCCUCGGCUGCCUACAUUCCCGCCACCCCUGCUGACUCUUCCCUGCCCAUGACCCCUGCCGACCCCAACUCGCCCGCCAUUGGCAUGGGAGGAGGGUUCAGUAAUGGAGGAGAGGGGGGUUCACUGGGGUUGCCUGGAGUGCUGGUGAUGGUGCGACGACCCGGGGGGCCUGGGAUGACCACAGUUGUGAUUCGAGAAGUGCUGCCGGACGGUUCAUGCCGUGUUGGAGCAAGCGAUGCGUCAGAGUCAGAGCUCUUUAUAGUGGGGCCCUCAGAGAUGGAUAUAGUGUUACCGCGUUCGCACGACCGCGUGAAGAUUCUGCGGGGACCGUUACGAGGUGCUGUGGGGAAGCUGAUGGGGGUGGAUGCGGCCGAAGGGAUUGUGAAGGUGGAUGGCGAGCCUGAUGUGAAGACGAUUGAAAUCACUGGAUUAGGAAAGCUUGUGCAACUCCGCAGCGACAUGCGUGUUGCGGCGAUUACCUCGGCGAGCCGCCUUUUCUUCAUGCGGUUCGAUACGUCGAGUGGUACGCGCGGAAGCAUGGCUCCGAAGCACGCGGCGAAGGCGGCGGAGGGCGACGUGCAGCAGCUCAAGACGAAGCUUGAGACCGAGCCGCUGAGCAAGAGCCUCACGGGCACCGUCAUUCCCGAUGAAACCUCCUUCAACAUCGAGGCGGAAAUUAAGAGUUUGGGGGGGUUGGAGGUGCUGGUUCCGGGGAAGCUGGAGCCGACGCUGAUUCGCCAGCAUCUGGACGAGUCGCUUCUCAAGGCCUUCAACUGCGCUUCCAAUGUACACUUGUCAACAUCGUACGCCUAUCAGGCGCUCGCACUGUACUGUGGCAAGGAUUCCGUGGCCCUUCGAGGAUUCGGCAAGUUCUUCUGGAAACGCUCUCUGGAGGAACAGAUGACGUUCAAGGACAUCGCUGCCUUUGUGAGUGGCCGUGGAGGUGGCCUCAUGCUUCGAGACAUUAAGGCCCCGCCUCAGUCCUUCCAUGACCCUGAAAGGGGUGAUGCACUAACGGUUGCCGAGUACGACCUGGCUCUGGGCAAGGUGGCAUAUGAGAAGGACCUUAACCUCCACAAGGCAGCAGAGAUGUCAGGGGAUGCUGGAGCGCAGAACUUCAUCGAGAAUCGCCUGCUCAAGCCAGCGGUGCUGGCUCUGCAGCGCUGUGCUCGUUAUGUGACUCAGAUCAGGCGUGUGGGCAAGGGAACAGGGGAGUAUCAGCUCGAUCAUCACAUGCUCAUGGGCGUAGACAUUGGAGAACUCACUGUGGGACAGGUGCUUGAUCCAUUGACUGAGCGCAUGUCAGUGCACAUGCAGCCACCCACCAAGCGUGCCCGCACAGCAGCUGAUGGCAUUGUGGGCUUGCUCUCAUCCGAGGAUUGA